UUACUAAACCAGCGUCAGCCGCUCCCUUCUGACAUCCGAGCUCUUUUGCUUUUGGGUUCAAAUCGGGUCGUGCGGCUAACACAGCCAGUUUACAAGCAGAAAGAGCUAGAAACCUCAAGCUCACACAGCAGAACACUGGACUAAGGAGAGCGGACUUUUAGCAGGAGGCACCUGAACUACACAACCCCGCCAGAUUUAUAUCCCACAACUGGCUGUAACGCACAUCCAUCGCCCUCGCUUCCUGCCCUCGCAGCUGCCGUUCAUGGGGGACAUCAAUAAAGGGAAGAAGGUGUUUGUCCAGAAAUGUUCCCAGUGUCACACGGUGACAGAGGGGGGGCGCCACAAGGUGGGACCCAACCUGUGGGGCCUGUUUGGGAGGAAGACAGGACAGUCGCCUGGCUUCUCUUAUACGCAGGCCAACAUCGAUAAAGGUAUCAUAUGGGAUGAGGAAACUCUAAAUGUCUACCUUCAAAACCCCAAGAAGUACAUUCCUGGUACCAAGAUGAUCUUCAGUGGCAUCAGAAAGAAAAAGGAAAGACAGGAUAUUAUAGCCUAUUUAAAGGACGCCACCUCCAAAUAAACUGACAGCACAGAACACACAACUACAGCUGUGAACAGAAGCAUUACAUUACAACUAUGAAGACACAAGCAGCGCGUUGGAUAAAUUAUGAGUUCACGAUCAGCAAGAGUUUGUCUUUUAUUUGCAUCACUACAUUGUGUUACUUUGCAGCAUUGCUGCCACAGUGUUUUUGUGUGUAGGAGACUGUUUUUAAUUAUCAUAUGAGUCAGCCUUCGUGCAACUCCUGAACGACUGCUCAGUCAAGGCUUCUUAAAGAGGCAGCCGUCCUUUGGGCUUUUCUUAAAAACAAGAGUUGUUUACGUUAAAUCUUUACUGCUGCUUGCACAGAAACGACACACUUCGCAUUAAUGCCACUUUAACUGUUACAAUAAUGCUGAUAAAGGUUUAUUUUUCUAUUAUAACGUGUUACUGCUCGUUAAAUCUCUUUAUUUGUAGGUUUUCUUGUAAUGUGGAGACUUUGAAAAAAUGUGUAAAAAGGUGCUGGGCUGUCUCCUGCAUGUUCUCCUCUUUUUCAAGCCACUGGGUGUAAUGGCUUUUGUUGUUCUGCGGUUGCAAUUUCAAAUGAGUAUGUUUUCUUAUUCAUUCAUUUCCUAAAUUCAUUUGUGUUUUUGGCUUAAGAACAGAAAAGUCAAAUAUAUUUAGAAUAAACCAGAACUUUGUGGUUAAGUAAGUUUUACUGUUCUUUUACUUGGCCUGAAUAAGGGAUAAUGCUAAGAACUUACAUUUAUAGCACAUUAUUUUCACUGAGUUACUGUUUUAUACUCUGGUGCUCUUCCUUUUCAUAACAAUACCUUGACCUUGACUUGAGUAAAAUGAUGUGUCAAUAACA